AUGAACCCAAGGGUCGUAGCCCUGCAUAAAUACCAGACCAUAAAUAUAAAACUCCCAUUUACAUCUUCUAGCUUUCACUUUUUAUGCUUUUUGUGAUUUCUCAAUCUGGAUUUGAUAAAACUAAGGCAUGGACAUCAGAUCAGUCCUGUGCAAAAUACUGCUGAUGGUCAUAUCCACAUCAUUCUCCACAACCUGGUGUAUAAACUCAAGGACACAGUUAGAGGAACGUCUCACAGCGUAUGUCAAGGACACACUCAAAUACAUUGAGACCGCAAAGGACUUCUGUGACCAAAACCAGAAAUGGACCUCUGAGAGAAAGGCAGAGCUUGACAAGAUGAGAGACAUCAAUGAAAAUCAGCAGGAGGGGAAUCUCGGCGCUGUUAUAACAGACACAUUAAAGGGGCUGGAGAAACUUGAGCCCUUCCUGGAUGCGGUGGAGAAGCUAACAGUGACCUCACAACACGUCUUCAGAGGACAGAUCUUCCUGCUGUGGGGAAAGAGCCCUGAAAUUGUGCAGUUAGUCAUCACAAAUGCCAACACAGAUGCUCCUGUCCUCAUCCUCUUUAAAAGAAAUGCGAAAACCUUCUUCCAGCCUCUACUCAAUAACGUGAAUGUCCUGAUCUUUCAGCUAAACAACUAUGUACUCAAAACAAAACAACUUUGUAGCAGAAUGAGACGAAGUUUAGAUUUGUCUGGAAAAAUCUAUAAACGUGAAACAGGUCAACCUUCAGUGAAGCUCAUUUUGAGAGCAAGUGAGAACGACAUGAAUCAAAUGCUUGAUCAUUUGAAGCAGUUGCGUGAAAUCAGGAUGGACGAGCACACUCGGCUAGCGUACCUUUUUCAGGAAGAUGCUCAGAAAUUCACUGACGUGUUCGGUGAACGUCGCUCUAGAAUGUGGCAGUUACUGUCAGAUCUGGAGGACACGGCAGUUCACCUGGACAGGAUGAAGAAGGGGGCCAGUAUAUCCACUGUGGUUGGUAGUUCAGUGGGGAUAAUAGGGGGUGUCUUGUCUGUUCUUGGAGUCGUUCUUAUCCCUGUCACUGCAGGAACAUCACUGGGUCUUACUGUGGCAGGGGCCGGUCUGGGGGGCAUCAGUGGAGUCAAUGCUCUUGUAACAGACAGCACUGAAAUGGCAGUCAACAGUCACCAUGAGCACAAAGCACAAAGCUAUUUAAAGAGUUUCAAGGAUGACAUGAUAAAGAUUGAAGACUGUUUGAAUGAACUGGUCAACAGUGAAAGACCUUUAGUGCAGCCUAGUGGAGUUGAUGCAGCAAAAAUUGUGCGCUUAACUGGAGAAGUGAUUAGAGGGGGUGUGAAUGUGCUGGGUAUAGCUGAAACUAUUCCACUGUACAAAAGUACAAAAGCACUUAGGGUAGCAAUGAGGGAGUUAAAUAUGGCCCGUAACAUACCACAGGUGGCUACAUACCUGUCUAGGACAGAGCAGGUGGCAAAAUCGAAAAUGAUGACGACCUUAAGGGUUACUGGACGUAUAACUGGCAUCAUUAAUUUUCUCUUUAUUGGCCUGGAUGGCUAUUCUAUUUAUGAAGCAAGUCAAAAAUCUUGCACAAGGGAGCGAGACUGA